AUGAGGGCAUUCGUGAUCCUGGCGCUCGCCGCGACGGCGAUGGCGCGGCCGGAAGCCGGAUACUCGUACAGCCAGCCUAGCAGUAGCUACGGUGCUCCCUCCGGUGGUGGUGGUGGCGGCGGCGGCCUCGGCGGCGGCAUCGCAUUCGGAGGUGGCGGCGGUGGCCUCGGCGGCGGCAUCGGCGGCAUCGAAGGUAUCGGCGGUGUCAGCUCGUUCGGGGGCGGCGGUGGUCUCGGCGGCGGAGUCGGCGGAAUCGGCGGAAUCGGCGGUAUCAGCGCGUUCGGCGGCGGUGGCGGCGGCGGCGGCGGUGGAUUCGGUUUUGGCGGCGGCGGCGGCGGCGGCUCGCUGAUCCAGAAGCACAUCUACGUCCACGUGCCGCCCCCGGAGGCGCCCGAGGAUAGACCGAUCAGGCCGAUCGCGCCAGCGGCACCGGCGCAGAAGCACUACAAGAUUAUCUUCAUCAAGGCGCCCACUCCGCCGACCCCGACCGCCCCGGUAAUCCCGGCGCUGCAGCAGGACGAGCAGAAAACGCUCAUCUACGUCUUGGUCAAGAAACCCGAGGAGGCGCCCGAGAUCAACCUGCCCACCAUCACGCCCACUCAGCCCAGCAAACCGGAAGUCUACUUCAUCAAGUACAAGACGCAGGUAAGGGAAGGAGGGCCUUGAAGCGAAGUUACCGGUGGCGGCGGCGGCGGCGGCAUCGGCAUCGGCGGCGGUCACGGCGGCGGCAUCGGCGGCGGCAUCGGCGGCGGCCACGGCGGCGGCAUCGGCGGCGGCAUUGGCGGCGGUCACGGCGGCGGCAUUGGCGGUGGCACCGGCAUCGGCGGCACCGGACCGAGCGGACCCAGCACGAGUUAUGGGGCACCCGGUGGAUCCGGGCCAUACUAGUCAAUUCACCGCUACCCCCGUCGCGGCCCCUCCGUCCUGCUCCCCCGUACUUCACCGACACACACGCACACACCGCUCACAUACCUCUAACAUGAUCAGCGACGACGAUACUCGCCGUAUUGACGUAUCGCUGUGUUGUACGCGCGAUCGCCGUGAGAAGAAGACGACAACGAUGACGAGGUUGAAGACGGCGAUGAUGAUGACGAUGUUGAACACGA